AUGCCAAGUGCCGGUGCCCAGCAUAAGCAUAUCGGAGGUUUCGGUUUCAUCCACCCAUGGACAGACAAGGCCCCCGCACCGACUCUCACCACAUUCGAUCCGUCUGAAAGCUGGUUCCAUGGGAUGGCAAUUGGCUAUCCUGCUGCCUACAUCCUCAACCCUAACCUCCACACACAGCACAACAGGAAGCUGCCCAUAGCAAAACUCGACGAGAUGCCUAUCAUGGAACUGCCGGCCGAUGGCCCGUGA